AUCAGUUCAGUUGCCAGAAGAUUGUCGGAGUGAGCGGAUCGAAAUGGAGACCCAGGCAUUUGUUGUGACACUUUUCGUGGCGCUCUGCUGCUGCGGCAUGCCACAGCGAACGGAAGCGGCUCGCUUCGGGAUACCCCUGAUACCGACAUUGCCCAAGCAGUUGAAUUGUCGGGCCGACAACAUAGGGUUCCCCUUCAACCUGACAGCUCUCUCUGGCUACUGGUACGAGGCUGCCCGAGUGCCCAAUGUGGAUGUGCUGGAGUGCCUGAAUGUGUCUGUGCCCGACGCCAUCGUAGAGGAUCGUUUUGCGCUGGACUUGAGGUACAUUAGCACCGUGAACGGUGGCUGGCAUUACACCGAAGAACAGGUCGACUUUCCCUGGGAAAAUGCCACCCAAUACGGCAUCUUCCAGCUGCACUACGGAAAGAUCAUCGUCACCUACAAACUGGCAAUCACCGACUACACCACGUACGCCUUCGUCUGCGGCUACGGCAACAUAUCCCCCAUACCCAUCUUCAAGCUCUUCACGCGCCAGCGAGAACUUAACCGGACAACAAUAGCUUUUAUUCAGAAGGCAGCCGCCGAUCAGUACGGCAUCGGCUCCCAGAUUGCCUGGGAGCAACAAUCGCUGGCCAAGUGCACCGCCUCCACAAUGCAAACCUCCUUGGGGUUCGUAAUUGGAUUCGUUUUCCUAUGGUGCCGCAUACUCACAUAGCAUUUGAGCACACACACAACUUA